AUGCUCCCAGGUGCGCUCUUGUCGCUGUUCUUAUAUGCACUGUUCCAAGGGUAUACGAGCGCCUGUCAGCUACCCUCGGAGUGGCGUCCUCUGAGCGAGGGCUGUCGAGCCGAGCUGGCGGAGAUCAUCAUUUACGCUCGUGUUUUGGCCAUUCACCGGGAGACCGUGAGCAGCGCCGGGGGACUGUACAACUCUCUGCCCUUUGGAUUGGGUUAUGGGUACGAGAGUGCGGAGGAAGGGCUGCUGUACUCUGCAGAAGUGGAGCUGCUGUGUGACCAGGCGUGGGGUAGCAUGCUGGAGGUCCCCACUGGGUCCAGACUCAACCUGACCGGCAUGGGCUACCUCUCCUGCCAGUCCCACACGGUGAUGGAGAACUACUCCUACUUCUUCUUUCUGAGGAUGGAUGAGAACUACAACCUCCUCCCACACGGGGUCAACUUCCAGGACGCAAUCUUCGUAGACUCGGUCGACAACAGACGCACAUUCUCCAGUCUGUUCCAGUUCUCCAACUGCAGCCUGCAGCCGUCUCUGCACCAGUACAGCCCUGAGUGGGACGUGCAGGAGGACAGCAGAUUAAUGUGCUCUUCUGUCCAAGCUGCCCUGUUUGAAGAGGAAGAAAAGGGCAGAAAAGUUCAAGAAAGACUGUCUGUGGCCGAAAGGAGGAACCAGCAACUCAAAGAGCGCGUAAAGAAAGUAAAGAGAUCUUUGAAAAACGCUCGAAAGGCAGCGCAGGCCGCCGAAGAGCAGCUGCGAGUUCUGCAGGAGAGACUGAAGGCAGCGGAGAGGAGAGCCGGACUUCACCUGAACACCAUAGACCAGCCCCAGUCCUCCAGGUACAAAGCCCACGGAGACAGGCAGCGGGUGAAGCUAUAG